AUGCGACUCAGAGAACAUCUUAGAACCAAGGGAUCCCCUCCUUCCUGUUUUGCAGCAGGCGUCCCCAGAGCAGGCUUUACCACGGAAUCAAGAGAGCAUGUGAGAACCAGGAUGGAUCUGCUGCAACAGAGGUGUGCUGGGCGCUUGCUCUGCAUGCUGAUCCUCCUUGAGUCUGUGGUGACCUUGGCCUUGAUGCUCUACGCACUGCUGUGGGAAGCCGGCAACCUGGUUGACCUCCCUGACAAACGCAUUGGCUUUUACAACUUCUCCCUGUGGAAUGAGACAGCUGGGGAGCUGCAGUGCCUGGACUACGAGCAUUUGCAGGUGAUGGGCAUCAGCCUACCAGGAAUGGUGCUAGCCACGAUUUGUGUGUAUGGCUGCCUGGUCUUCAGUACCUUCUACACCAUUUGUGUUGCUUAUGUGGAGUGCACAGAGGACAGAGAGGGCUGGAAGGUGAUCCGCAUCAUGCCCACCAUCAAGACAAUAAUCCUGUCUGGUGGCCUGGGUACGUUUCUUUUCCAAACCUGGCACUGGAUUCACCUCUCUGACUUCACUGGGGGCUUCCUGGCACUGCUUGGGACUCAGGCUCUGCUACUGCUCCAAAUUCUCACUGUCACUAAGUGCCUCAGCUGGGUGGGCACGGCCACUUUACACGCACGGCUCGCUAACGACUGUUCUCUGACCGUCGUGGACAGCUUGACCGGGUGGGCUGGUUACACUAUAUGCGCGGCUUGUACCGGUAAGGACGGAAGCCCCUGCCUCGGGAGGCACCAGCCUGCCAGAGGACCGUUUCCUCAACCUCCGGGGCAUGCGGAGGGCUCACUACAUCGAAUAACAAGGCGCGUCAUCCAAGAUUUUCCAUCACGCCGCGGCCAUAAACGGCGCCCGGCCCCGGCCCCCCCAUCCCGUGACGUCACAGCCCGCCCCGGUGGCCGCGCCCCCGCCGCUGUGACGCCGCCGCGCGACGCUGCAGCCGCUUGCCCGCUGCGGCCCUUGGCGCUCAGUGCUGUGGCCGCCGCGGCGGGGUCGGUAGCGCGUCUCUGGCUCGCAGCGUUGGCGGCAGCCAGCCGUGCUCGGAGCUCGCCUCUCGGCUCUUGA